AUUCAACCAGUAUUGACAUGAAAAAUGUUUUCAAAGUUUGAUUCAAGAUGUUAGCGACGUCUUUAAAAAAAAGUCACAAUGGUUACUCAUUCUACUUAAUCUUUCAAAUGAAUUCUUGAAGACUACUAUAUUCCUUCAGGUACUGAGUAGGAAUUACGCUAGUUGACAUCUCGUGACCACACCAUUACUAACUAGUUAAUUUAGCCUUUAAUAUCUCAGUAGGAGUAAAAAAACAUAUCUCUUAAUAACCAAAAAAGUUUUCAAACUGCCUAGAUUCAGAACUUAAGGAACAAGUUGUUUUGCAAUUCUGCUUAGCGAAGUUUGUAUUUUAGAGUUCAAAACCUUACAUAUUGAACAUAGUUAGUAGAGAAUCAUCGUUGCUUAAACUGCUGUGGCGUAUCACAUUUAAAAGUUGUUGCUGGUUUAGUUUGCUAGGCUGUGCAUAUAUUAGGUUUAGGUUGCUUGACUGUUUUCAAUACUGUAAAGGCUGUUUAUUAUUUCGCAUACUUAUCAUUAGCAAAAGACGUUUAUGGCAGUAUCCCUGAGAGAUGAUGAGCUCCGGAGGGAACUCAAGACUUUGGGUUUUGAUCCAGGUCCAAUUACUGCAACUACUAGGUCUGUUUAUGUAAAAAAACUGGAAAAACUACAAAAGGAGAGAAAGUCAUCCAUUGUGGGUGUUUUAACGAAAGAAGUGUCAGAAACGCCUAAACAAAUAUCUUCCAAGUCACGCAAGUCAACUGGAGCAAUAAAUUCAAGCUCUUCAGGAAAGGAAGGUUCCAGUGUAAUCAGUCGUAAGCAUACAACUAUUGAGUCAAAUCGUGACUUAGGUAUGUUAUCUAAUCUUAGAGUUACUUAUGUGUACAUUCUUAAUUCAAUAUUUUGGUAAGAUAUGCAGUUGGUAUCUUUUGAUUGCUUUUCAUGAAGUCUUUGAAGGGACUGAUGUCAUCGUCGGAGUCUAGUACUAGUUUGUAAGCAUUGUGGAUGUAUAAACAUCAUAUUUUUAAACAAUCGCGAUUGAUUUCUCAAUGGACUUUGUUCUACUUGAGUUAGGUAAUUGAAACGACUAGGACUUGGAGAUCUUUCCUUAUAAACAGCUGCAUUUAUUUCAUAUUCAGAGGUGUGUUCGGGUGUUUGGUUGUUGUUCUUGUUAUCUAUGUGAUAAGGAGAUUCAUUUAUAUCACGUCUAUCUGUAGCAAAUGUGGAAUUUCUAGGUGUGGAGAAUAUAAACAUGUGACAGUUCUGAGAAUGAGACCAAAUUGGAUUAACUGACAAUCCAACAAAUUGUAAUAUAAUAAAUGGUUUUUCAUUUUACGACCUAUUUAAGCGCUCAAAAGUGCUUUGGAAAUCAUAACUUCGCUGCUCCGUACGAUAUUUAACAUGGAUAAGAAGCAACAUUGGUAUUACUAUAUCAUAGUCUUCUGUCUCUUAGUUGAACUUUUAUACAUUUUAGGACCAGUCUAUUAUCUUUUACUAUGACGCUGAAAUACUCUCUUCACAGUAACCCGUCCUUACUAUUUUCUUAUUCCUUUUUAUUUGGUUCAGCAUCUUUGUAUAGUCGUGACACAAAGUUAGUUCCAAAUAACAAACAGGUUGUUGUGCACACUUGGUGUCUUAUUGUGCGAAACGAUUUUGCUUUAACCAGAAGGCAAACUCCGAAAUAGUAGUAAUGGUCAGUAGUACGAAGAGAAAAAUUAAGGUACGCCCAAAUGAUGAAAUUUGGAGAAAUCCAACUGAAUUUUGUGAAUCCGUGUCGAGAUUUUGUCAGAUACCGACCUACUGAAUCUGCUGAGAUAUCCGAGAUGAGUGAAAUGGCUGGUGUAUUUGGCUACUUCACUACCUAUUAAUAAUUCAGGCGUUGACUCAGGCUAGUUUCAUAGCAUAAUUUCUCAUUUAACUGGAUAGAAUCUCAUCCCAAAGACUCUACUAAUGAUGCUUAAGGCGUUUUCACCAAAUAAAACUAUAUUUGUGUCAGAGUUAGUGAUACUAGCCUUCAGUUAAAUCAUUAUCGAGAUAGCCUAUGUAUAACAUCAGUCGUUAUCCGUGCCUCUAACCAACAAAUUCACAAACACUAUAUACACGGUGACACAUAAGUAUUGUUUUUUUUUAACUCCAUAACAAUGUGUAAAUCAAUACCGUUAUUUGGAACAUGUUAUUCUAAACCGUACAUCAGAAUUAGAGGUACUAUUAUUAGCGAUUGUGGGUAUGCAGCCUUACGUAGAAAGUUUCACGUCGUUGGGUUUUCCAUAGUAACCAACUCUUAAUUAUGCGUGGUUAUUCUCACAGUAUUUAUCUGUCGUAACGUUUUGCAUGAUUAUGUGUAGGUAUCAUUAUCAAGUUUUGAUUUGAUAAUUCCGAAUAAAUUGAGCGUUUGGUAGAUUUUUAUAAAUAAAUAAUGUAUUCCAAUGAGUAGAAAAAAUUAGAUUUUCUGACGUUUCGUGACUCAAUGUAGGCCACUUCUUGAGAGAAUAAAUAACCAAAUUAAAAUUUGGUUAGGUAAGUAACCGAACUCCAAGCUUAAGAGUGUUUAUUUUUAUUGGUGAAGUAACCAAUCCUAAACACAUCGAAACUCAUUCAAAGAAGGAUAACGAUCGUGAUUAUUUCCUUAAGGCUUAUUAAUAUUUGGAAAAUGGAGUUAGCAAGCUUGUGCAUGGUCAUAUGCUCAUCUAAAUAUUUCAGGGAUACAGAACAUAGAAUUACUUUUCUGCUUUUUAAUUUUCGAUCUAGGAACCGAAAAUGAACACUUUCCCAGUAAACAAUAUUCAAAAACCAAACCACCUCUUACCGGACAUAAUGUGGAUUUGUCUGAACCCUAUACUGACAUACUUCCGAGCUUAAUCCCAAUGGAAACAUCUCAAGCGGAACUUGUGAAUAGGUUUCGUAAUGAUUCUAAUGUGAUCACUUCUUCAGUUUCAUCACAUAAGCAGUAUCCUGCACAAAGAUUUUCACGUGACUUGACUCAGAGCUCGGUUGAUUAUACACCCACCAGGAAAACGUAUAUUUAUAUUAAGGAUGAUUAUGUAGACGAUGAUACAGACGAGGAAUUAACAAAACAAAAUUCGAUGUCAUCCACUUUGUCCAGGGUUGCUGGUUGGCUCAAUCGAAGUGCUCAUGAAUUUACGAAACCAAGGUCUCCAAGUAAUGAAUCUGUUUAUGAAAAAUCGAAACCUCGUGUUCGCCAUUCCUCACACAGCAAUGAUCGUUUACAAAUAUCAGAUACAGAUAGUUCUGAUAUAGAAAAUUCCACUCGGAGCCCUUUCUUCAAGAGACUCUACCCCUCUCCAUUCAGGAACAUGAAAUCUCGAGAUGCUGGAAUCACAACGUCUCCUGGUCUUCUCUUCACUCCACCAUCUAGGAAUCUUGAUAAGCCGACUUAUCACGGUGUUUCUAUUUUAUCUGAAGAUACCGAUUUAAAUGAUCUUGUUCGUAGCCGAAAGCAGCGUGAUCAAAACAACGGCUUUUCAAAUUAUUUCUUAUUUGGGAAGCAUUUUCCUUGCAGUGUCUCAAAUAUACCUAAUUUAAUUCUUAUUUCAAGCAUCAUCGUGUGUUUUGUGUUAGUUGCAAGUUAUUUAGUCUUGAAGGAUCACCAUGGGGAAGUUGGUAAAAUGGCAGAUGUGCAGAAAUUACUUUGUCGAUCUUCAGGUGACUACAAUAAUAGUCUUACAAAAGGCUUACAUCGCUGCCUACACGAAGAUGAUCUAACAGCAUCUUUAUGGGUUCUUGGGAUUUUGUAUGAUAUUCUCAGUCGUUACGCUGGAGAGUUUUACUGUAAAGUUGGAGUUUUGACUAGUCCUCGUUUAGAUGUAUCUUCUGCUGAACGUUUAGUUGAGCACAGCUUACAAAUGAAAGGCUGGCCAACAUUUUCGAAAACUGAUUUUCGUCGAGUGUGGGAUAAUACACUUUAUGUGCUACUUCAUGUUGGGAAGGCGCAUUUUAGUCUUGUUGCUGUUGACGUUAGCAAAUCUGAACUAGGACCACUCAAUCGGGUAAUCCAAAUCACUGAACUUGAAAGUCUUAAACCAUAUUUUCCUGGCGUUUGUCGACUCCGGCGGUGUUUUCAAUGGUUUGCUGGUGUAUGCGUAGCUUUUUUCUGGGUCGUAUUAGUUUGCCUGAUUAUUUUUGGGGUUUGUUAUGGAGUUUAUCUACUUCGCUGCAAAAAAUUACGCGCCUUAGAACGUCAAAACUGUCGAGUAAGAGAGCUGGUGGCAGAAGUUGUAUACUUGUUACAAGACCAGUUACGAGAAAAUGAAGCCAAUGCUAAUCAGCCUCCUUAUGUCCCUGUUUAUAUGAUACGUGAACGCUUGCGUCAAAAACAUCACGACUUAGAUCGGUUGUGGCCUGAAGUUACGCGUUAUGUUUAUGAAGUAGAAACUUGUAUCGGUGUACAAGAAUGGAGAGGUGUAGGCGAAACAUGGCAAUGGCAAAGCGGCACAGGUUGGCAAGGUUCUGCACUUAUGGACACGUCACAGAAGCCAAGUUUUAUUGUUCCUCCAACGGAGUGCUUGAAAAUAAGGAAUAUGUUUUCUACAGAAAGUAUCGAUGAACGUGGACGUAAAAGAAUUAAACGCGAACUCUUAAAAAAAUUAGCACCUUGUGGGCCUAUUUUACACAUAGGCUUAGAUAGUGUUGGAACAAAUGGAUUAGUGUAUAUAAAGUGUGGAGAUCCGGAAACUGCAGGUCGUGUUUUCCAUUCUAUACAUGCUAAUUAUUUUGAUGGUCGAUUGUUGACUGUAAAGUUCUUACGGGAUAAUAAAUAUUGUUUACGCUUUCCUGAGGCUCAUAGUAUAAAACAGCCACUUCAAAUAGAAGAUUUCGAAUAAAUAAUCAGUAGUCGUGUGUAUUGCAAAUUGUUAUGAAGUUGUAUUGUACUAUAAUUCUACCUAACAGUUUUGAAUGAGUUUCUUUUUUUGAUAUUAAUACUUAAAAUUGUUCGAUGUUCCAAUUUAUCUAAUCGCAUUUACUCUACUUCUACUAUUACCAUUACAAUUUUCAAUCUUUUUUUAGUGCAUUUUCCAUUUAUGUUAUUAUUUACUUUGUAGAGUUUGUAUUUUGUUUAUCAACUCAUUGUAUUUUUAAGCUUUGUAAUCUUGCAUAUAUAUUUUUUAUGAAUAAAUUAUGUACUGUUAGUUUUCUCAUUAUUGUAUCGGUGUGUGUACAUGCAAAGUAAGCUUAUUGUACAGCCUCUUCUCAGGUUUGAAUAUAACAAAAAUUGCAGUUUUUGU